GUCGCGACUCGCGACGAUCCACAGUGGCAGUGCGAAAGAGCGAGGUGGUGAGUUCGUUAUUUUUAUCGUUUCAAUUUUGUGGAAAGUUGUCGUUCCUAGAUGUAAAAAAUACGCGGAAAUAAAUAUACUCUCAGGAAGGAUAUCGUAUGCCAAGUCUGAGACAAGAUGUCGACGUCAGCAAUAUACAUCUUGGACGUAAAGGGCAAGGUGUUGAUCUCGCGCAACUACCGUGGCGACAUCGAAACUGGUGUCAUAGAAAAGUUUAUGCCACUUGUGAUGGAACGCGAAGAGGAAGGUAAUCUUACUCCGAUCAUUCAGACACCAGAGUGUACAUAUGCGUAUAUAAAAUAUAACAAUCUGUAUAUCGUAUCUACUACGAAGAAAAAUGCGAACAUAUCCCUGGUAUUUGUAUUCUUGCACAAAGUGGUGCAUGUCAUGCAAGAAUAUUUCAAAGAAUUAGAGGAAGAAAGUAUACGAGAUAACUUUGUCGUCAUUUAUGAGCUCCUAGACGAGUUGCUGGAUUUUGGCUAUCCUCAAACCACCGAUAGCAAGAUUCUGCAGGAAUAUAUUACUCAAGAGGGUCACAAACUGGAGAUUCAACCCAGGAUUCCUAUGGCUGUGACCAAUGCUGUCUCUUGGCGAUCAGAGGGCAUCAAAUACCGCAAGAACGAAGUUUUUCUAGAUGUAAUAGAAUCUGUGAAUCUUUUGGCGAAUGCCAACGGAAAUGUUUUAAGCUCGGAGAUCGUUGGUGCCAUAAAGAUGAGAGUUUAUUUGUCAGGGAUGCCAGAAUUAAGGCUAGGUCUCAACGACAAGGUCCUAUUUGAGUCGACAGGACGCGGCAAGUCAAAAUCUGUGGAACUGGAAGACGUCAAGUUUCAUCAAUGCGUCAGGCUAUCACGUUUCGAGAACGAUCGUACGAUCUCGUUCAUCCCGCCGGAUGGUGAGUUCGAGCUCAUGUCAUACAGACUGAAUACACACGUGAAACCCCUGAUAUGGAUCGAAUCCGUGAUCGAGCGACACGCUCACAGCCGAGUCGAAUAUAUGAUAAAGGCGCGAUCGCAGUUCAAGCGUCGUUCGACGGCGAACAACGUGGAGAUUGUGAUCCCUGUGCCGAACGAUGCCGACUCGCCCAAGUUCAAGACCACAAUUGGCAGCGUCAAGUAUUCGCCCGAGCAGAGCGCCAUCACUUGGAUCAUUAAGUCUUUCCCCGGAGGCAAGGAGUACCUCAUGAGGGCUCACUUUGGUCUGCCGUCUGUAGUCGGAGAAGACGUCGAGGGCAAACCGCCUAUACAGGUGAAGUUCGAGAUACCGUAUUUCACUACGUCCGGUAUCCAAGUGCGAUACUUGAAGAAUGGUUAUCAGGCCCUACCUUGGGUGCGUUAUAUCACGCAGAAUGGAGAUUAUCAGCUGCGGACGAAUUAGCUAAUUGACAACGGGGUGGACGACAUCAGGAUCUCGGGCGUUAUGCCCGAGUACGAGGACUAAUCGAACGCGUAGUAUGCUUCAGAGCGAAUUAGAAUCGACGGUAAUCGUUUAUCAUUCCAAUACAAUGUGGUGGAAAGAUGACGCGGAAUACGAUACAAGAACAAAUUGGAUUUUCGAACAUCGAUCUCUUCUUCGUUUCGAUAAAUUUCACGUUUAUUCUGCACGUUCCGCAUUUUUUAAUAUUUCUCUAAAACAGGAUAAUAUGCAUGGUGAAAACAUUCUCUUUACGGACAUUUCACAUUUGAGAUGAUUCGCGUCUAGAGUAUUUAAUCUAAAUGGGUUUUUUCAUCGAUAUCGAUAGAGUAAACUUUGUACAUCUCCCAAUUUAUUUUUUAAACACGAUGACAUUAUAAGGGCGUCUAAUAAAACAUAACUGCAACCUUACGUGGAAAUCAUAUAAAUAAAUCGGCAAUUUAUUUUAUAACAUUUUCCUUUGACAAGGCAAGUUUAUGGACGGGCAGAAAGGCUCGGUAAUUAUAAAAUUUAAAACUCUAGAUAGUAUUAUAUAAAUAAAGAUUAAAUAUAUACCAAUAUCACGUUUAAUAAUCGUAAUAUUACUAGAUUUAUGUCGUUACAACACAUAUUAAUGUAAGAUAAUAUAAUGAUAUAUUAACUAU